AUGUUGUUCUUCCGUUGCUUCACUGUAUUAUUACUGAUGUAUUUCACUUAUGCAGCCAAAAUCACUUUUGAUCAACAAGUUUUUCACGACGAGAUUAAUGAAUUAUUAAAUGAAGUGAAUAUUCCAGGAGCAAGUGUAAUUGCAAUUAAUGGUUCUUAUCCGUGCUACGAAGAUGCAUUUGGUUUGAGAUCAAUUUCUCCUGUCAUCAAAAAUGAUUUAACUUCGAUAUUUAAUUUGGCAUCGGUGAGUAAAACAAUUACCGGAAUUGUUGUUAUGAAAUUAGUCGAAAUUGGGCAAUUAGAUUUGGAUCAGAAUAUUAAUUUUUAUAUUGAUUUUUAUAUUAAUAAUCCUACUAUCAACAUCGUGCAUCCCAAUUAUUCAAAUAAUUCGAUUACCUUGCGUCUUUUGUUAACUCACUAUUCGAGCAUUAAUACUCAGUUUCUUCCAAACAUUUAUUUUCCUUUCGAUAAUUUCACCAUUAACAAUCCAGAUUACGGCAACAAUUAUCUAGGUGGUUUCGUACUCGAUUAUCUUCUUCCUUCAGGCAAAUAUUACAAUGAAUCGAACUGGUUACCAGUUCCACCAGGCAGUGAAUAUUCUUAUUCGAAUGUCGGAAUUGCAUUAGUUGCGUGGCUAUGCGAGGUUGCAACGGGAGAAUAUUUCUAUAGUUUAACUAAUAAAUAUUUGUUCAAACCAUUGGGAAUGAGCGAUGCCACCAGCUGGUUUCUAAAAUCAGUCCCAACCGACAAACAGAACCUAUUAAUGAGACACUAUAUUUUUAAUGAAACAAAUCAAACUUUUUUUCAAAAUUCUUUUUCUCAUUUAUCAUUCAACUCGUUUCCUGAUAAAGAUCAUCCUCAAAUCAAUUGGACAGAAUCUGAACCGUAUGGUUAUUAUAUUUAUCCCGGGGGAUUAUUAAGGAGUACAAUAGGCGAUUUGGCCAUGCAUUUAUCAAUGUUUAUUACGAAUGGGACUUAUUUAAAUCCCAUCACCAACAAGAGUGUAGAGAUAUUAAAAGCCAGUACAGUGGCAGAAAUGAGUCGAAUUCAAUAUCCUCAAUUUAAAUUUCCAACAGGUUUAAUUUGGACGUAUUAUACUUUAAAUGUGAGUCGAGUUCGGUUUCUAUUGGGCCAUACUGGCUCAGAUAUUGGUGUCACUACAUUUAUGUUUUUCAAUCCUCAAACUCAAAUUGGAGUCAUCCUAUUGACAACAGGAAACGUUUUAAGUACCAAUGAUUGGCAAAAUGAUCGUAUCAGAAAUCAAUUGUGGCUCAUUAUGGAUAAAGUAUUUAAUGCUUUUGAGUCUAAGCCUAUAUCUGACUGUUCUUGUCGUAUCUCUUCGCUCGUCCAUUGGUGUGCUACUUUAUUCAUAAUCCAUCUUCAUAAACAUUCUUGA